AUGUUGUCAACCGGGGAGGGGCAAGCCAAUCGAACGACUACAGAGAACACCGGAAACCAAUAUGAAGAUCUACAACAACAACAAACCAAUCGCGACCAACUGGAUCAAGAAUUUGACUACAACCAACAGCAUUCCACUAGCCAUCACUUCAAUUUUACCGAUCAUGAAAACUCAUCCUUCAACAUCCGAGUUCAGCAGCUACACCAACACUUUCAGGCCGAGCAUGUCAAGAAAAAGCGUUUACUGGAAGAGAAACACUGGGCAGAGGUGUAUGAUUCGAUGUUCUCAUCUUUCAAGCAAUGUGCUGUGAAAACCGCUGACUGGGGUGAUGAAGAUAAAUGGCGGCAAGACUGGAAGGACCGGUGUUCCUGUUUGGAUAAACGAUCUCGACCUCUGGUUUUAGUCGAUAUUCUAAGCCGCAGACAAAUCGAUGUCGAAUUUUGUGACUGCCAAGUAGACCAGGUCCGGCUGAUCCAAAUGGGUUACAUCGGAACAUCGCCCAAGUUUCCCAGAACUGCUUUCUCUAUCCGUCUCCUCCGAUUACACGACAUCAUUUGGAAAAAUUGUGCUGUCUCCAUCACCCCCUUUGCAAAGGCAAUUGAUGAGUAUCUAGAUGCCAACAACCCUCUUAUUCUUGUUUCUGGGGCAGACAUGGAUUCGGACCCAUUGUAUACAACUCGCGAUUGGAGGAAAACUUUGUCAACUUCUGUAGAUGUGUAUAGAGAAAUGCUCAGACGGGAAAAAAUCAUAUCCAAAGAAAUUUUGCAAAUGGAUCCAAUGGAUAAAAUGGCUGACAUCUGUCCCAAGUGCUACGGUCCCUGUGUCUCUGGGAAAAAACCCGAUGAACCCGAUUAUAUUGUGUGUAUGGAUGGUAACUUCCAACAUCGAAGGCAUCUUGCAGCAAGCCACGAGAUAUCACAAUCAUCACAGCACAACCCCCUCUUCAUUUCACCAGAAGAAGUCAAGGAUAUGGAAACUCGUAUGAACACUGUAAACCACCAAGCAGAUCACGGCGAUGUCAGCCUUGACCGCUGUACUGAGCAACACACAGCAGCAAACGAUUCACACGGGGCGACCACAUGGAAGGCUUGUGAUGAUACUGGAUUAUUUGGAUUGGCAUGUCGGCAUGACCAAAUCCUGAGACUAAUCAACAUUGUUCAAAGUGGUGAAAAUGAAGAGCGGCAAUGUAACCAGUUGAUGUUUGGAACAAGUGUCUUCCAUGCGUAUGUUCAUCAAUGGUCAUGCCAACUACGGUAUAAUCCUCGCCUAAACAAUGGAUGGGGUAUGUCAGAUGGGGAGGGAUUGGAGAGAAUAUGGGCAUAUUUAUCACCCCUAAUUAGCUCUUUAAGAUACUCAACCAAGAAGCAUCGACUUACAGCAUUAGAUAUGAGGUCUUCUCAUCACAAUGAAGUAGGAAAAAGUCGUUCAGUCAAGUUGCUUUUUGAGAGAGGUAAAAAUGUUGAAGAGCUGUUCAUAAAAUCUAUGGAGAAAUUGAAGGAAAUUGAAGACCAACAUGGUUACACCAGUGAGUACUUGACUCAACAGUGGCUCCGACAAAGGGAAUGUCAGCUUUCAGCCAUGGAGAAUGAUUCCGAACGAGAGAUGAUUGAAUACGCCGAACAACUGGUUGAAGUAGAAGAUGAACUCCAAGAGACUCAGGAUGAGCUUGUUUCACUCAGGGCUAAGCGGAGGCGAACUCGAACUGAGGAAGAUCAGGAGAAACUUCGAUUACUUCCCAACACAGUUAUACAGUUAGAAGAACAUAUUGAAAUGCUUGUUGAAGUACUUGGAUCUGAGGCAUUCCGAAAUCUCCCAGGAAACUCCAAUGCAGAUGCCAGAGCAUUGAUCCGGUUGAAAAUCAGCAAGUCAAAGCUAUAUGAGGCGAAGGCUCGGUUCAAGAAGCUAAUGAGCUCCAAAAUGAAGCAUCUGAAAAUCAAAUGGACUUCAUACGACAAAAAAGCAAAUCAUUAUAAUGAAAACUACAGCACGGACUUUAUGGUGGAAACUCCGGUCUAUGAAGAGGUGAAGUCAAUGGGCUUAGAUGAUGUAUUUUGGAAUAUGGGUUCACUAUUGCAUCCGAACGAGCCCUGGGCUUUCGAUCCCAACGUAAAAGACGGAAUUGAAGCCAUCCUUACAUCAACCCACUGCAAAGAUGAGUUGCAUAGGAUCUCAAGAGAAGCUCGGCAGGCCAUCAGUUGGGCAAUUAAAAAAUCAGACUGUUUGGAUAAUCUUUCCAAACUUUUGAGCCAAGAUCCGGAAACCAACAUACUCAACCCCAAUGGACAACAGCUUUUAAACAACAUUUGCUCCAAACACCACUUUCCCAGGGAAGUGCUUGAUCAAAAAUAUAUCGAUGAAGUUCAAGAUGAUGUGAACCUUAAAGAAAAAUGGACUGGAGUAAUUUUGGCUUGCCAAAGUAUAUGGGAAAAACUAGUUGUAGGAUCUUCUGUCAUUUUUGAUUUUGGGAAUGUGGAGGAUCAGCAGGAGGAGAUAUUACAACCAGAGGAUGUUGAAUACCAAAUUAAUGAAGAAUUGUAA